UAACUACUCCGGCACAAGCAGUUCAUAGAAUAAGAUAUUUUACCGGUCACAGAACACGAUAUUAAGUGACCUACUGUAGAAGUCCAUGCCAAGUUUUGGUGCAAGAUAUGUUCUUCCAACAAUAGCGCUACAACAGGGUAUAUCGGGCUCCAGCAAUAUGUCCACCAGAAGAGGCAGACCGACUGGGAGACAAAAUAGCCUUCCCACCUACCAACAGGCCUGCGCUCUGUUGAGAAUCUCAAAGAAAAAUGUUCCUGGAAGUGAGGAAGAAAAUAUCGAACAAGAUCUUUAUCGGCAGAUGAGUCAUCUCCCCCGCCAGCAGCCGACAGCGCCAUGUUUUACAGAGGACGAAGGCUGCACAUCAGUGUCGUCUGCUGAAAGAUGUUUGGAGCCAUUGUCGUCUGCGAACCACAUCCCUGGAAAGAAGCACAGACGAGUUAGAUUUUUGAGAGCCCGCAGUCGAGACUUUACGGCUUCCACGUCCUCGGAAAACCAACUUCUCUCAGAAGAAUCCCCCGUUUUGCUUGACACGCCGAGCACAGGUCGCCCGCCGAAGAGAAAGGGACUUCUGAAAAGACUACGCCCAAAGUAUAUUUUCAAAGUGUGUGGCGUUGUUUUUGGCGUUCUUCUGAUAGGUGCUCUGUUGUUGGUAUUCUUGGUAUGACUAUAUGGACGGCGAUUUCGGACCUUCAGAAAUUAUAUCAAAAAAGACUUUAUCAGUUAUAUUUCAGAACAAAUAUAUCUAUUACUAUUUAAUUUUUCAUUUGUAAGAGGAGUUACGUAGUUAUCAUAGUCGAAUAUAUAUUCGGAAUUUUUUCUUAUUCUAUUUAUCUUUAUUUAAAAAGUUUUUUGGUUAUUUAUAUUGAGUGCCAUUAUUGUGCGAGGGAACAGCUGAUGGAACCAUUUCACGAAGAUCGAGGUUUAUUCAAACUUUAUUGAUCAACGAGUUUUCUUAAGCCAAAAUGUUAUGCGACAUUUUAUUGUUUAAAGCAAGAAAUGGUGCACUUGUUAUCUUGUCAAUCAUAUGCAUAUCAUUUAUUUAUUUGUUUUUACAUCUGUUAAUAAACAUAUUUAAUGUUUGUUCA